AAAAUAUUCAAAUUUAAUUUAACUGAUUAAAUGAUUUUUAAUGAAAUUAAAUUGUAUUUUAUUCUGUGGUAUAAGAUAUAUUUAAUAUAUAUUAUUAUAUAGGUAUUGUGUUGUUGAUUUCAAACCUUGAUUUAAAUAAUUAAGUGAAAGAAAGCAUUUCGGGGAAGAAGUUAACCCCUUAAUUCCCCCUAUGUGUGCGCUACUAUAAGAAGCUAAUAGCUUUUGAGUCAUAAAAAUACAAAAUAUCGAAAAAGUAUCAAAUAUGAAAGUUUUGUCCUGUUCUUAUAGAAAAAAUGUUUGAUUUCUUUCAUUAAUUUAUAAAUUCUACAUCAUUAGGUAGGUACCUACCUUUAAAUUAAUAUAAAAUUAGUUAAAUAUUAUUAUACACGUGCAUAUUUAUUUGUUAUGCUAUAAUUUAUUUUAUUGAAUAUAAUAUAUUUAUGUAUAAUUUCAUACAGGAAUUUGUAUAAUGCAAAACCAUUGGAAAAUGUUUAUUAUAAAAAUUUAUUGGAAGAUUAUAAUUACAUUGGCCAUGACAGAAUUUUUUCAGAAAUAGAAUUACAUUAUACUGUAAGUACAUUUUUAAAGUUGAUAACAUGUUAUUGUACUUAACAAAAUUAACAUCUCAUCUACUUAUUAAAUCCUCCUAGGUUAUUAUUAUUAUUAUUUUAUAUUUAGAGAAAUGGUGUCAGUUUUAUUUAUUUAUUAUAUUUUUAUAUGUAAUUAUUUUAGUAUCUUACUCACCUAAUUAUUAUACUUGUACCUAUUACCUAUACAUUUUCACUUUUGAAUUAUGUAGGUAAUUAUAUUAUUAGGUAUUUAAUCGAAUAAUAUAUAAUAGUGGCAGGUAACAGUAUUUUAGAUUCUUAGCGGAGCGAGGAAUGUAUUGGUUUUACAAUUAUUUUUUUUUUUUUCUGUGGAUAACUUCUACCAGCAAUUUUGUUCCAAUUUACAAUAAUAUCACUUUUUCUGAAAAGAAAUCUGAUUGGGGGAUUCAUUUACCAUUUACUAUCUUUCCAACUUUUCAGCUACAAUAGUGGACCACCCACGUUUGAAGUAUGUCAGUCUUUUAAUUUAUUUAUUUAUAUCAAAAGUACACUGGUUACAAUUACAAAUAAAGCCUAACAUCUGCUUAAAUAUUCUAAAAAAUCUAAGUCACUUAUUUAGAUUUAGUGGUUCCCAAUCUCUUUUAUUCUACGCUCUGCAGAUUUUCAAAAAUCUCGUGCCUUCUUUUUUAACAACGAGAAAAAUAAACAAACAUAUCUGGCCGUUAUUCAUUUUCCCCCUUCAUUAUGAAAUAAAAUUAAUUUUAUGAAUACAAAUUUUACUUCGUGAUGACUACUUGUGGCUCACCAGUAAUGUGUACACAUAGUUAUACAAAAAAUGAUGUAAAUAAUAAUGGUUCUCAUAAAUUAUCCUUAUCCCCCGCCCCCUUCAUGAUAAUCAUUUGACCGUCACUACUACAAUUUUGAACAAGAUGAAAAGUAAUUUUAAACAAAUUUACAAUAGUUCUUCAAAUUAAAUAAUAAUUCAAUGAAUUGAUAGUUAAAUACAAUAAAUAAUCACACUAAAAUAUUAUAUUAUAAUUUAAUUAUAGAUUAUUAAAGUAAAAAAGGUGAAUAAUCCAUAUAUGUAUGGUUUAUACUUGUUACAUAGAGAAGAACUUAGGCGAAAUAUGGGCACAGUAGUAGAAGAAUUAUUGUACCACUGCACAUCGCCAUCAAACGCAGCACAAAUAGCCAGACAUAACAUUGAUUGGCGGUUAACCCGCCGAUCACGCUAUGGAAAAGGAGCAUGUUUUUCUAAAAGUCCUUGUUAUGCAUCAAUGAAGGCUGGUGCAACUGGAGGUAUAUAACCUAUUUACAUUUUUUAAUUACCUAUUUAUAACAAAUCUGUGUAUUAUUUUAGCAUUUAUAAUAUGUAAAGUACUUAUGAGAGCAGUUCAGUCUAUACACUAUGUAAAUUAUUCUUUAAAGAUACCUUGUGAGGGUUAUGAUACAACUUCAGGGAAUAGAGGUAAUGUUAUUGUUAAAUAUGAUGAUUAUACUUUUUAUCCUGAAUAUAUUGUUUACUAUCGUAAUUAAAAAAAUUGUAUUCAUGAUAUGCAAAUGUAAAGAAACAAAUUACAGAUAAUUUUAACUUUUAAAUUAACAGAUGCCAUUAGUG